AUCUCGACCGACUGAACAAAAUGGCCAGAGGAAGUACAUUGCUGAUGGAGUGAAUGUUUCAUUUUGUGUAAUAUUUAGACAUUAUGUGUGUUUAUCAUUAGAAUAUGAAGGUAUAAAAUCAGAGCUCAUGUGUGAAACAAUGUAUUUCUAGUGUCGGACUAUUUGGAAACUGCUGUUUGUGCUUAUAAAUGUGUAAAAACAGUCGUCUGUACAUGAGAAAUUAUUAGGUCAUUUUUGUAUUUUUAUAAUUUUUCAUUGAUUAAAUCACGUUUAAUGAUGAGAACUCCCAGAUAAUUAAACGCCACAUUGAGAUUUUACUUCGCCAAAUGCCUUGCCCAUUUGUCAACAGAAAUAUGUCGUGUGACACCAUCAUUUCAGCUGAGGAUUUUGUGAAUGAAUUAAAAGAACAUAGGAGUGUAUUUGUACUUGAUUGUAGAGCGACAAAUGAUUACAGUCGGUCUCAUGUCAAAGCAGCUAUUUCAAUAUUUUUACCGAGUCUCAUGCUUCGACGUUUAAAAGCUGGAAAACUGAACAUCGCUUGUAUCAUUCAGAAUAACGAGGCGAAAGAUCGUUUCACGCGUCUGUGGAAAACGCACCCCAUUGUCCUAUAUGAUGAUAAAUCAGACCCCGGUACAGCGUCGCCAACGAGUGUCAUUGGACUAUUGUUCAAGAAAUUAAGACAAGAUGGCGCAAAUGCCAUGUUCCUGCAAGGAGGAUUCCGCCAUUUUGAGGAACACUACCCAGAAUUCUGCGAGGGUCUAGAUGCUGAAAGUGACGCUGACAAGGACUUAACCGGACUGUGUAAUCUUAAGAUCUCUGAGGACUCCGCUUACGGAACUUGUGACUCUGAAAACGGUGACCUUGAUUCACCCUCGACAAAUUUCCCGGUGGAAGUGAUCCCGCAUUUGUACCUCGGGAAUGCCAAAAACUCAGCCGAUCUUAACGUCCUGAAAGAUUGUGGGAUAACGUACAUUUUAAACGUCACACCUAACGUGCCAAAUAAGUUUGAAGAGGAUGAUAAUUUUAAGUACAUGAAAAUUCCCAUUAGCGAUCAUCUUUCACAGAACCUCUCCCGAUUUUUUCCACAAGCAAUAGCAUUCAUUAACGAGGGUAGAGAUUCAAACCAGGGCGUUUUGGUUCACUGCCUCGCAGGAGUAAGUCGCUCGGUAACCAUCACAGUCGCAUAUCUGAUGCAGACGAAAAAACUGACUCUAAGCGACGCGUAUGAUUAUGUCAAAACGUGUAAGCCAAAUAUCUCGCCCAAUUUCAACUUCAUGGGACAGCUACUGGAAUUUCAACGAAGCUUGGGACAUUGUCUGAAGUGUUCGUGCGGAAAAGACGUGUGCUUGUGUUGCGAUAUGAGUCGUCUGAUCUCUGGAGACGAUACCUCCACUAAAGUGUGAUAUUUGUUCGCUAUUUUAGAAACAUUUUUCAAAAUCGUCAGUGUCAUAUUGUUACAUUAGUGAGUUUAAACCAUUAACCCAUAGCCGGCCAUUAUUUCAUUUUUUCAUAUCUGGCAUUUUCGCCAUUGUUCCCAUAAUCAUUUGACGCUGGUAUAUAUAGUGCUUCUACAUUAUCCAUAUAAAUUAGUUGUCAUUAACCAUUUUGCAUUUUUCACAACUUAUAUUUUUUCAUGACAUUUUUUUUCAUGGUAAUCACUUAAUAGUGAUACAUAUUUUCAUAUUUAUCACUUAAUAGUGAUUCAAAUUGAUAGUUUCUGUUAUUAUAUUAUACAUUCGAUAAUGAAACUGUUUUGGCCAAUGUAAAACCAAUGUAUGAUAAUUGUCCAUGCUUGUUAUGCUUAGUUGGCAAAAAGUUUCCCAGUUCUUUUUUUAUAAACAGUGUACUGUGAACUUUGUUCGAAAUUGUUACAAAAUGUAUAGAUGUUUAUCUGUAUGACAAAGGUUGCACGAAAUAUAGGAACAGUACAUUUUGUUUGUUGGCUUACAUAAGGUUAUAAUGGAAUCUAAUAGAUAAAGGUUUUACUCAAUGAAAGAUAGUAGAAUUUGUUUUCGUGUUCAAAUGUUCUUUUAAUGUUCAAAUGGUAGAGUGGUACAUUAAAUAAGCAUGAAAUAUAUUGGAAUGCACCAUUUGAUACUUAACUGAGUCCCAACAUUUCAUUUUGAAAGUCCCUAAAAAACUAUAAUUCUUCAAUUGUAUAAGCACAAUAUUUUUAAGUGGGUUGGGGUUUGGGGCAUGUUCCCCAUCUAAUGUUUUUACUGGACCAGCCCUCUGCUAUGUACAGUUCCUAUAUUUUGUGCAGCCUGUAAAAAGCCAAACCUUUCUAAAGGUUUAUAUUUGUAUAUACUGAAUGUACGUUAAAACUAUAUUUUUUGGCAAAAUAUUAUUGUAUCACGGCCAAUUUGAAUUAUUUUCUUGAAGUAAACGAUGAUUCAAUAUUUGAUUUAAUUAAGCCAAAUAGUUAUUAGCUUUUUGGGGAUAAGUCAGUUAUUAUGCACACAUUUUCUAUUUCAAUCAUUGUAGCUUUUUUUAUAUAUUUUUUUAUUUGAUAAUAUAUAUUAAGAUUACAUAAUCCUAAACUUUUUGCUAUGAAAAUUGAAAUAUACUGAAUAUAAAGCUAGAAAAAAUAGAUGCUUCAAAAGGUAAUAAUUUAAUAAGUGUUAUAAAUUGUUUUAUUUCUCAACUGUCAGUGCUUCAAAUUGCUUAAAUAUGUGCUACUGUUAUUGCCCUUAUAUAGACACACUGUUUGUUUACUAUUUUAGAAUUUUGUAACUGCUUGCGUCUUAUAUCGCACUGUAACAAUGUCUUUUUAUAAAGUAGGGGGGACCUCAUAUACCCUCGCAUUUUGGUCAGAGCUAUUUGACGAGGGCAAAAAUGUAAUUCCAAGCUGGGAAAUCGGAAGACACAGGCAUUUUUUACAUGAGUUUGGCAACUCGACAAAGACAUUCAUUUACACAGCUCAUUUGAUUGUGAUGCCCCCGAAAGACAGGCUAAUAAUAAUCUCUCCAAACGCCUGUCCGUCUGUCCUUUUGUUCACUUUUUCCGUGUAAGGGCUGGUAUUUAUAAAACAUCUUGAGUCAUUUCGUAACUUAAGUAGAUUUCCUAAAAUUUCAUUGUCAAAUUAAAAGAAAAAUUCAAGACGGCCCUGCAGGUCAUUCUCUCAAAGAUAAAGGUCACACUUACUGGAGUAGUGCAAUUUGUAUGGGGGCCUCGCCUCAGUGGAAUUUGUCACCUACAGCGGACUCAAAAUUGUCUUAUCUCAGGUAACGGCACAAGUUAGUCAAUGAUUAAUUUCAUAAAUAAAACAAAUUUCAAGCAAAUAUCACGCAUAUGUUUGCUUUCAUAUUCGUUUCAUUUUAUUUCUGUGAGUUUGUUAAAAGUUUUAACCCAUGACUUUUUAUUUUAUUAAACAGAUCGUCAUUCAAAAACUUGAUCCGUGAUGAAUUUCAAACAAAAUUUAACAAUCCUUUGUUCGUAUUUCUCGAUACAUUCUCUUCUCAUUUGAUAACAAUAAGGCGUUUCUUUUCUACAUUUUUUGCACAGCAGUUUAUUAUACAUAAAAAAAAACACAUUCACACGUAAUUUGCUUAUAAGCCAACUUAAAAAAAAUGUUACUGAUAACGUCCCAAUAGCUUACUGUUGAUUUCAUCUUUUUCCCAAGUCAUGAAAAUUGCAAAAUAAAACAAGACGAUCAAUUGUCACAUGAUUAUUAUGAGAAUUUUCAGAGAAAAAAAUUACGUAAUGAAAAUGAUAUCUAGAUUUUGUAACAAUAGAACAAUUAUGUAAAAAACAUGUUGCAUUAUAUGUUAAGAUUGUUUCACAGCUGUGAACGUCAGCUGCCUUAAUUUCUUUAUCUAUUUAAGUAAGGUGAAGCCCGCAUUUUUUAAUGGAUUUUUCUUUUUUGCAGUUCAUUUAUUGAAUCUAAAUAUUCAGCUGAAAAAUUAUGACAUACGGCACUUAUUGAGGUAUUAUGCAAGUUUGCUAAAGACUAUGACAUUGAAAACAUUAAUGUUAUACUUUAUAUCAAACAUAUACCAUAGAAAUUAUAUAAGUUAACUUUUCAAAAAUAUUGUAGAAAAACUUUCCAUAGAAUUCUUACAUUUUAUAACACAGUGGUCAAUAUAAGCAUUCCCUUCCCGCAGUCAUGCACUGCUGAAAUAUUUGACAGGCUUGCUUAAUAAGUUUUGGAUUUAAUAAAACAGGGCUUGUUAAAAAAAUGAGGUUCAGACCUUACCACGGUUUUCUAGUUUAAGAUUCAGGCUUUGUUAAUCCAAUUUAAAUCUUAUUUUGAUGCCUGUAAUAAUGAAACACAAGCCCGCAAGCCCUGCAAUGGUAAAAUGCUUUCUGGGCUUGCUUUAAUUUUGGAUUUAAUAUACCAGGGCUUGUUAAAUUAUUUCAUUCUAGAAUAAAUGUAAGUUUGAGUUUCGUCCUCCAAAAGUUUGAUCUUAGUGACGGUACUAAUGUAUUUUUUAACAAGUUUGUUAAAUCAUGGUAUGAGAUAGAGUACAAUAUCAAUGUUAUUAUUAUUUUACUAUUAUGUAUUAUAUGAAGUCAAUAAUUUCUUUUUCGCCUAAAAGUAAAUUAGAAAUGAUUUUGGAAUGAUCAAGGGGCAAUAACCUGAAAAAAAGAUUUGAUAAGUUUAAUUGAUUAGUUUUAUGCUCAAUAUUGUGAAAAUUUGCAUUGUUGUAUGAUUUUUGAAUAAUUGAGAUCAUUUCCAAGUGCUUUGGGGAAGACUGUUUUAAUGCCUUCUAUUUUCAAUAAAGGUUUUAAUGCCUUCUAUUUUCAAUAAAGGUAAAACAGUCUUGCAUUAAAGCUCAUGUUUUGUUUAUUUAAAUCAAUGAAUAGACCCAUAAACCGUGCCCAAUUGUAUUCAACUCCAUUUUAUUCAGACAUGAUUAUGAUCAUUAUCAUAAAUAUAUAUUCACUCAAGUAAGAGCUACCUAUUUGGCACACUGAAUCUAAUACAUGUUUUAAAGCUGCACUCUCACAGAUUGACUGAUUUGACAACUUUUUUGUCUUUUUGUUUUUUGUCUUAAAAUGAGCUAAAUUUUGCGUAAAUGUCCAGUGAUAUUAGACUGCUUUCAAAAUAUCAGAUCACAGUUUUUAGUAUUUAUGUUCGGAAAUUGACGUUUUAUGGCUAAAAGCUUUACUAAUGCUUUAAGAAAAAUGGAUUUGUCGACAUGUUUCGAACAAUUGAGACCUGUUCUAUUGUAAGGUAUCUUAUAUGACUAAAUUGAAAGCAUUGAUGCCAAAAUCAGCUAAUUCUGAGACAAAAAAAUUAAAAUAUCGAAUCUGUGAGAGUGCAGCUUUAAGAGGAAGAAAACACCAACAUAUCUCUGCUGAUUUUUGUGUCACCUGCGAAGGAUUGCUGACACAUGGGAGAUUUGCUUUGUCCAGCGUCAGUGUUGUCCAUGAGGCAUUUCAAGGUUGUUUAAUCUUCAAACUAUUUGGUGUACAGUCUUCACAUUGCUUACAGUUUGUAGAUGACCCCCGAUUGAUUUUAGGGUAAACAGGUCAAAGGUCAUUGUCAUGGUGACCUUUACUAAAAAGUAUGGGCUCUCUAAAUAGGCAACACAACCAUUUCACAGAUUUCUAGUUAAGUAACCAAGAUGAUUAUUGUUAAUGACGGGAAACCAUUGUUCUGUUGGCGUUGUUGUGUUAAUGAUGUGAAGUUGAGGUUCUAUUGGCGUUGUUGUAUUUAAGAGAUUGGCUACAUCUUGUAAAUAUAUAUGUGCAGCUAUGUUGUGUUUGGUGUAGCCUACAGUCGUUCAAAUCAAGUCAAUAUGUUAUGUUAUGUGUUUGUUUUAGUUCAACUUAUAAAACUAUGUUAAAUCAUUACUUGCUAAAGAGCUGUGUAAUUGUUAGAAUAUACUAUGUAAAACCUUUAAGACCAAGAAGGGCUGAGUGAAUGCAGCGAGCGAGCCCUUCUCAACGAUCAAGAAUUACAUAAUUUGUUUUUUACUCAAUUUUCUUGGAAAACAGAAUGUUUCAUAAGAUGAAAGUGAAAAACUAGGACAACGUUGAGCUAUAUAUAGGUAUAAAGCAUAUUUUUCUGAGUAUUUUUAACAAAAACAUUCUUUUUGAAGUACCAUCAGGCAUUACCAUUAUCUGUAAUUAGCGUACCCUUUCUCUGUUUGUGAUAACGAUAAGUGGGUGGCAUUUGCUGUUAAUGUUUUAAUGCAAAUCAAACAUGGCUUUAUGGUGAAAUACAGUCAUAUUUGUGGUCUAAAUGCUAUUGGUCUAAUUCUCUUGUCUGGAUAUUAUGUCUAUAUCCAGUCCUGAUUUAUUUGUGCGCCUGUGUGUUUUUGUUAAAAACUUGAUUGCAUUUGGCUGUUUUAAAAAAGUCUGGUUUAAAUAAUCAGUUUGUAUUUAUUUAAAAAUUUUCUUGCAAUUUGCUGUUAAUAAAAAAGGCUGGUUAUUUUAUUGAUAAAAUGAAAGUUGUUUUUUUUAGUAAGUUUUGAAAUAAUUAUAUUGUUAAGUGUAGGAAGGUUAUUAUUUUAAUACAUUAAUUUUUUGGAUUUUUUAAGUAGCAAAGGUUUUAUAUUUUUAUUAUUAUUUUUAAAUGAUCAUGUCGCCAAUUUAAAGCCAUGUUAAAAAGAUCAUUUACUGUUGCUUGUUCAAUUUAUAAUGUCUUCAACUUUGUUAAAUUGGCACACGACAAAAACAGGCCAAAAAGUAUUGAGCACAAAUAAACCAAUCUAAAGAAUUCCCGGACAAAUAUUUUAACUAUCACCCCGAAAAAUGAUUUUUUGAGUCUGAGCCUCAACUUGUCGUGAGACUGUUCAUGUUCUAAUCAUGGGCCCUGAUGUCUCAUGAAUUAAUUUUCACAUGUCUGGGUUAAUAUGUUAGUCAUGUGCUUCAAAUUUGAAAAGUAAUUUUGUGAAUAGUGUUGCAGAUUGUGGUUUGGGGGAGUUUAAAUCAGGAUGGAUGUAGCUCUGUAUCAAAUAAAAGGAGUUACUUCCCUUCUGAGUUUUAAAGCCCUUGCAGUGAUUUUCAGUUUAAUUAAGUCAUUAUACUUUUUUAAACAUUUUUGGGCUGAUUUUGAUUCUAGCACUUUUUUGUAAAUUUUGUUACAGACCCAUAUAUGAAGCCUGUUUGUUAUAUGUCAUUUGUUAAGAGCUAUAAAUAGUUACAAAAGUUUUUGACAUGUGUCAUUUAUAAAGAGCUAUAAAUAGUUACAAAAGUUUGACAUGUGUCAUUUAUAAAGAGCUAUAAAUAGUUACGAAAGUUUGACAUAUGUCAUUUGUAAAGAGCUAUAAAUACAUUCAACAAUGGUCACAUUAUUAUACAUUUAUUCAUCAUUCCUUCCUUGGAUUUGUUUUUUAAAAAUACACAUCAACUUGUAGAAUUCAAUGUGGCAUAUGUAUUAUCAAUGUUUCAUUUCUAAAAUGCCAACUAAACAAUGUGGUUGCAUUUCGAAAUUCUAAAAAUUAAAACUUGCGCAUAACACUAAAUGUUUUAGCGUGGUACCCGGUUAUUAUUUUGGUAUCUUUUCAAAGGGUUUGUCAUGGAAAGAAAGAAUACAUUAAAAAAAUAUUGAAAUAUAUAAAUAAUUGAUUUUUUUCACUAACAUAUUUUUGGCAUUGAAAGAUCGCAAAAUAAAGUCAUUUCACAUUUGAUUUCAUUUGAUAUAUUAAAUGAACAAAAAUACAAACUGCCAUAAUUUUAUCAUUAUUGUAUUUUUGGUCAUUUAAUUUUAAUAAUAGAAAUCUCAAAGCAAUACCCUUUCCAAAUGAUACCAACAUAGGGUCAUCAGGCAUUUACUAAAUACAUUAUAGCGAAUUGUUUAAUAAAAGGACAAGCAUAUUUGUACUCUGGCAGCCAAAUGUAUAGUUCUUAGUUUAGUUGUCCAAAGGUUAUCUUUUGGUUAAGUUUGCACAGUAAAAUAAUUUGAUUGGUUUAUAUAAUAGUCAUUAUUAUAUAAAUAUUGACCAAUCAGUAAACAUUUUGGCUAACAUUGAGUAAACCAGAGUUAAACCACUUUUAAAAUUGACUGCAGAUUCCUGGAACUUUAAUCACUCAUUAACUAAUCUUUAGACAUAACAGUAUUUUAUUCAUCACUCAUACUCUUUUGUUUGAACUCCAAUACAUUUUGACUAAAAUUUGAAAAAUAUUCUGCAUUGUUACUUGAGGUAAUCAUGAAAAAGAAAUGUAUGUAAGUGUUGAGUUUAUUAAGUUUAUCUGUUGCAACCAUUUUGUUCUCUAUGUUUAGAUCAUUAUUACAAACUGUACAUAAGUAUACACAUAUGAAAUAAAUCUUAGGAGUAUUAAACAUG